AUGGGCCUUCACCUCUCUCAAUCAACGCGGUUGCAAAUUGUGAUCGGGAUUUCUUUGGCUUUCUUUAUUGCCGAGAUCUCCAGUAAGCUGCCCACUGCUCAGUCUCUCCCCGAGACGCUCAUUUUCGCUCAUUCUGAGUUUCCAGUUGGAUUCUACACUAGUUCGCUCGCCCUGGUUGCCGAUGCUUUCCACUAUUUAAAUGAUCUGAUUGGAUUUGUCGUCGCAUUCGUUGCUCUCAAGAUAUCUUCCAAGAAGAACUCGCCUUCAGAUUUGUCAUUUGGCUGGCAAAGAUCACGACUUCUGGGUGCAUUCUUCAAUGGUGUCUUUCUCCUUGCCCUCGGAGUCAGCAUCUUCUUACAAUCUAUCGAACGUUUCAUUUCUCUCAAAAUUGUUGAGUCCCCCAAGCUGGUCACAAUAGUGGGCUGCGUCGGCCUCGGUCUUAAUCUCAUUAGUGCGACAUUUCUUCAUGGUGUGUACUUGUCGUUCAUCUGUGAGCCACACACACUGACAGGAGCUCGCAACGCAGAGCAUGGUCAUUCUCAUGGCGAGGCUUUCCCCGGACACAUAGCCAGUGCGGAAAGCGGAAUUGAAAUGAUAUCAACGUUGCAUGACAAUCACCGCCACAACAAUAUCCAGGUGGCAAAGAAAGGCUAUGACUUGGGCAUGCUGGGUGUUCUGAUACAUGUCUUGGGUGACGCAGCCAAUAACGUCGGUGUCAUCAUCUCAGGUCUGGUGAUUUGGCUGACUUCGUCUCCUGCGCGUUUCUACGCCGAUCCUGCAGUCAGCAUGGCGAUUGCCAUUGUCAUAUUGACUACAUCCCUACCUCUAGUCCGAAACUCGGGUCGGAUUCUCCUGGAAAGUGUCCCAACGGGCAUCAACCUUGCGGACGUCAAACAUGACCUGGAAUCGAUUUCUGGUGUCCGAUCUGUGCACGAGCUUCAUGUCUGGCGUCUUAAUCAGGAGAAAGCCCUGGCGUCGGUUCACGUCACCGUUGAGAACCAGGGUGUCUCUGACUUCGUCCAAAUUGCAAAGACAAUGAGUGACUGUUUCCAUAGCUACGGGGUACACUCUGCGACUGUCCAACCCGAGCUCAGAGCACCCCAGUCAGCCCAUGAAAAUUCUGGUCCAGUUGGGUCGGAUGCGUUUUCACAGCUCUGCCAAGUCAAAUGUGGCACAACCUCGUCGUCUCCGGAGAAAGCAGCGUUGCUCUUCGACCCCAUCAUUCAUCUUCCACCCAACUGGAACCUCCCGCUUAAUCCCUACUCAGCCGCUCAUCUCACCUACCGUAGGCUCCAACAUUUGGCAAUCUUAGGCGCCCCCAUCCAUAAGCGUCGUCGCGAUCUCCCCAUCAACCUGUCAACUAUGGCGGAUCCCUACCAACUCAUUUCAGAGAGCCGAUUUCAUCGCCGCAUCUCCCUCAAUACCAGUCAAGGCCAGCUCUAUGUCUCUUUCGCCGACACUGGAUGUAACAAUGGUCCCACCAUCUUAUUUCUGCCCGGCAUGUUUGCGUCACGAUAUGCUGGUAUUCUACUGCAUGUAAUCGCACGACGGGCGGGUGUUCGCCUGCUCGUCAUCGAUCGACCAGGGAUGGGCGCUUCUACAGACGUCCCCCUCGCUCAUCGCGUGGAUACAUGGAUUGAAGUCUUGCCAAAAGUGUUGUCACAUCUCAAGAUCCCACGAGUCAGUCUAGUCUCACAUAGUGCGGGCACUAUCUACCUACUCAAUACGUGGGCGCGGUGUCGCGAUUGUAUCAACCCAGUUGCGGCAGUGAUAGCUCCAUGGGUUGACCUGAAACAUUCGCGAGUUUUGUCAAUGCGAGUCGCAUCUUACAUCCCUUCCAAAGCAUUCGCACUCUGGAAUGAGAUUCCACGUUUCUUCGUGACUCAAGCCAGCCCCGUCUUUUCUGCUAGUGGCGCCCUGAUCCGCCAUCUAACGCCGUCUGGGGGAGAUGACUCCCCAGAACAAGCGAAUGACACCGACUUUUUAGUUGCGAAUUGGCGGAAAAUUGAGCGGGACUAUGGAACACCUGUUGCCGAGCAAAAGGAAAUCACACAGCUUGCCAGUCGCUAUAUGCACAUAGAAAACACGGUCGGCGCCAACAGCGAGGCGAUGCAGUGUCUUCGCAAGGACGGUGGUAGUAGCUGGGGGGUCUGCUCUGAUUAUGCAGAAUGCGCAAGGAGUCUUGCGACCGAGCGCUUCUCACUGCGCGCAUACUUUGCCGAGAGUGAUGCCCUAGUUGGGCAGAAAGGCCAGAGAUAUUUUGAAGAUUGCUGGGGUGGCCCCGACGUUGAGGCGAUCGAUUUCGCCUCUAAAACGAUACCCCGAUCGGAUCAUGACACUGUAUUUCAGUCGGUGGAGGUUUGGGAAGAUAUUUUUUCAUCUUUUGCGCAGCACUGA